AUGAUACAAUACCGCUUACCACGGAAUCAAUACAAGAAGCUAAUACAACAGAUGAAGUUGCUGUUAAACAAAUAUUCGCAGGAGAGCGAAAAAUUGUUGCUCCAAAGGAACAUGAUUAAGAAGGGAAGGAUGAUUUACUUCAAGAUAAUUAAUAAUUGUUGCUGCGGUAUUCAAUAUUCAUUUGUCUGCCACCCUCAAUGGCGUCCAUAUCAAGAGUGCUGA